AUGGUUUUCAUCCUCGACAGUCCUCAGCGAACGCGUGGCUGGGAUGAAUGGCUCAACCGGCACACAUCGAUGAGCAACAGGUUUAUCGAAUCAAAAAGUCAUCAGUCGCGCAAGGAUGCAUGGCUGACUGCAGCUGCACCUCCGGCAUAUUGGCAGCAUCUGAUCCUGCCGCCCCUCUACCAUUCAUCGGCCUCCAGUCUGCAGCAUGGCGUAGCAUCGAGCAUUCCCGCCACCCCAUUUCGAUCCGCCUUGCCGCCGCCGCUCUUCUCCAAAGCGUCAUCUGGAUCUGGCCUCCUGGCAGGGGCCUUCUGCCUCGACACAGACUGA